AUGUUCAAGAUGACUAUUCCAACAUUCGAAACGACCUUCGCGGUGCCCAUGACGUGUGAGGCAUGCAUCAAAGAUAUCGAAGGCUCACUGCAUCAACUAAGCGGAAUUAAGAAGGUCACUGCCAGUCUCCAGGACCAAUUAGUAUCCAUCGAAGGCAACGCAGCUCCCUCGGCUAUCGUUGAGGCCAUACAAAGCACAGGCCGUGAUGCUAUUCUACGAGGAAGCGGCAAGUCAAAUAGCGCUGCUGUAUGCAUACUAGAGUCGUUCGCGCCACACGUGGAGAACAAGGUGCGGGGACUGGUGCGCAUGGUCCAGGUUGCGCCCACGAUGACCAUCGUCGACCUCAGUAUCCGAGGACUAUCACCUGGAACGUACCAUGCCACGAUCCGAGAGUCGGGAGACAUCUCGGACGGCCCCGAAUCUACGGGGCCCAUCUUCGAGGCUGCCAAAGCCAAGCUGCAAGGCACCCCGUGCCGCGGUGUGUUUGGGACUGUCGAAGUGAGCAAAGGUGGCGUGGGCACCGUGUUCCUGGACAAGCCAAUCCAGAUCUGGGAGAUGAUCGGACGCAGCAUCGUCGUAGCGAGACAGCAGGACGGCGCCUUUGAUAAGAACGAUCCAGACACCCUUGUGGGGGUCAUUGCCCGGAGUGCGGGUGUCUGGGAAAACGACAAAACAGUAUGUUCAUGUUCCGGAAAGACCGUGUGGCAGGAACGCAAGGACGAAGUUGGCAAGGGCAUGCUAUGA